AUGCUUUAUUUUUUGCCUUUUAAUUCUUUACAUUAUUUCUUCCCUGUUUUCACAAUUUCCAAUCAUUUUGCCUCUUUCUUUUCUUCUACAUUUCUUCAUUCCUUCUCUUUUUCUUUGUCUUUUUCCUCUAAUUUUAUAUCUGUCACGCUCUUUUCUUCUCUUUUAGUCUCUGUCACUUUCCGUCCCUUUCCUUCCCUCUCUUUUAGUCUCGGUCACCCUCUUUUCUUCUCCGUCACUUUCCUUCCCUCUCUUUUAAUCUCGGUCACCCUCUUUUCUUCUCUUUUCUUCUCCGUCACUUUCCUUCCCUGUCUCUUCUUCUCCGUCCCCUUUCUUCCUUCUCUUUUAUUCUCAGUCACUCUCUUUUCCUCUGUUUUUGUCUCCGUUGCUCUCUUUUCUUCUCCUUUUGCUUUCUGUCCCUUCCUUUUUCCUUGCCUUCUCUCUCCAAUUUUCCCUAUCAUGUUAUUGUUUCAUUUAUUCUUUCUUUUUUUUAUCAUUCAAUUUGUUGCUUCUUCCUUUUCUUCUCAUAACCCUUUUCUUCUUCAUGCUGUUCAUUUGUCUGUUCUUUUUCCAAACUUUUCCUUCUAA